ACAAAAUAAAAGAAAAACUCCAGUCCAUACUUCAGUCGGACUAAAUUACAUGACGACCUCACGGAAAAAGAGAGAGAAUUUGCGUAGAAGAACUCAUAAUCCAACCGGUUCAACAUCAUCUCUGUCAAAAUCAUCGCGGGGUUGGCUGCCAUAAAUGCCGGCACCUUCAGCAUCAACCCUGCUCUUCCCGAACUUGAACCAACACCUGGCUCUCGACCCGUUGCAUGGUCCAAUCCUAACGGGUCUUACCCAAUUCAGCUCGCUUCUUGUACCCAGAAACUGUAAAUUUAAGACCGGACAAGAAGACGGCGAAGGAGGAGGAGGAGGAGGUGGUCUUGAGGUGAAGGGCAGGUGUCGGAUACUACAUGAGAUUGAAGCCAUCAUCACUGUGAAUGAAGCUAAAGCCCUCUCUCAGGAGGGAAAAAAGAGGAAUCUGCGUCGCCUGCAAGUUUUAUCCACUCGCAUCUACACCGCUAAGGCCCUUCCGGGGCCGAAUGAACCCGAAUCUAUUCGGGCGUACCUCAGCACACCCGUGCGCGCCAUGAACCUGAGCUCAGAUGGUUCAGGCCCGCACCACAGAUGGUACCGUAACUACGUGGAGGCAACCACCACCGAUGCCCACAUCCACCUCUCGCAGCAGCUGUUCACUGUGGAGUAGUGGCUGGCCCGUGACGUGAUGCCGUACGAGCUCACCGCGAUCAGGAAUCACUGUCCGUCUGGUCCAGAUGGGGUUGGCGGCGGCGGUAGAUGAAGCCGCAUGUGGUGGCUGUGGUCGGCGGUGGUGGUAAGAUCGAGUCGCGUGGUGGCAGAGGCUGUGAUGUAGGGAUGUCGUGGACAUUGUCAUG